AUGGCUGCUGGCAGCCGCUGGCUCAGGAGCUGCUGUUCUCUUCUCAGACAAAGCUUCCCUGUUGUGGCCAGUUUUAGGAGACGCUGCCUCUCAGGCAUGAAUGUAGGAUGGCACCAAAUGGUGGGCGUGGGGCUGGGAGUGGCUCUGUGUGCAGUCCCAGUCGUGGAGAAGCAGAACUCAGCUUCUCUCAGUAAUGAUGCCUUGAUUAAAAGAGCAGUUUCCCUGGUAACAGACAGUACUUCUACACUCCUCUCUCAAACAACAUAUGCGUUGAUUGAAGCAUUGACAGAGUAUACAAAGGCGGUUUAUACACUGGUGUCUCUCUACAAGCAAUACACAAAUCUUCUUGGGAAGAUGAAUUCAGAUGAGGUGGAUGCAGUCUGGCAGGUGGUCAUUGGAGCCAGAGUUGAUAUGACAGCAAAGCAGCAGGAGUACUUAAGGCUGGAGUCUAGCUGGAUGACAGCAGUACGUCUUUCAGAGAUGGCAGCAGAAGCUGCAUAUCAAUCAGGUGCAGACCAAGCCUCGGUGACAGCCCGCAGCCACAUUCAGCUAGUCAAGUCCCAGGUGCAAGAAGUGCGACAGCUGUCCCAGAAAGCAGAGACCACAUUAGCUGAAGCUCAAACAGAAGAGCUCCUCAAAACUCAAGGAGAAGAAUCAUUGCCACAGGGUAUUUUAGGGAGCACAGAGGCAGGUGAGGACCCUUACCUUCGGGAGGACUGAAAAGAACCCAGGUGUCAUCAAAAAUGUGUGAGAGUCACAGACUGAAAGAUCCCAUAGUUUCAUUGUGGAGAUAGACUUAUUUCAGCAGUUUCCCACACUAUGAUUCCAUUUUUUCCCCAAAAAGGAUUGCUUUACAAGUCAAUGCCAAGUAUCUAAAGGGCCUUGAUCUUGUUUGUAACUUAUCAUGUUUGUAAUACCUAUGGAUUCAAUUAUUUAAAUAUUGAACCAUGCAAAUGUGAAAGCUGCUAUCAAGGAUAGCUUGUUACUUGUCUCCCUGCUGGGAGGGACCUUCCCCUCAUUAGGUAUGUUUGUGAGAGCUCCCUAACUUAAGAGACUAAUUAGGUAUUGGCCAAAGAAGCAUAGUUAAAAGUAAUUCUUUUAAAUGUGUGAAGUAAACUAUAUCUGUAUAGGAGAUAGCUUUAUUAAACUCUUGUGGGUGUGCCCAUUUGGAUAUGGGAUU